AUGGCAACCAUCGACCAGCAACAAGAGCAGACAUCCAUUCGCAUCGUCGACGACAAAUCCGUGGAGAUACGCGACAGCAAGCAAGUGAUUUUUAAAUACACAUUCAAGAAUACGAGCCUUCUGGAGGAGGCGCGUACACUGCCGUACGGCGCUGCGAGCGGGCCUCAAUUUGACAACCGAGACCUGGCCAUGGCGGGUGAUGGACUCAUCACCCGACUCAUUCAAAGACGCUGGAGACAAAGCGCUCGCCCACGCAGUAAGUCAUCUCACGUAUAACAUCUCCAGGUAAAGAACGAAGAUUGUGCUAACGCGUGGUUCUAGGCGUCUAUUUAGAGCUCUACCAAUUCGGGAUGCAGUCAAACGCCUAUAUGGCUCACAUCGCAGACCAGCGCGGCCUCAUUGAAAAUUGCAUGAAGCGUAAUGGCCUCCCAGUCCGUAGCGCCGAUGUGGACCAGCAUACCAAGGGCGAUAGCGACAUUGGAUGCAGGCAUCCAGCUAUCAUGUCCUUCAAACCGAGCAUUAUCUCAACGGCCUCGUGA